AUGGCCGCCAACUUUCCUCCUCCACCAACACCUGCUAUCGACUGGACAAACAUCGGCUUCAAAGUCCGAGAGGUCAACGGCCAUGUUGAAUCCCACUUCUCUCACUCCGGCGACGCCCAAUGGUCCGCCCCCCGUUUCGUCAAGUCGCCCUUCCUACAGCUUCACGGCAUGGCACCGGCCCUCAACUACGGCCAGCAAGCAUACGAAGGCAUGAAAGCAUUCCGCCACCCUCCCUCAGCAUCCCAUCCAAACGGCCGCAUCGUCAUCUUCCGACCAGACCGGAACGCAGCGCGCCUGCAUCAUUCAGCACAGUUCGUCUCCAUACCCCCCGUUCCCAAGGAGCAUUUCGUCAACUGCAUCGUUCGAGCCGUGAGUGCAAAUGCAGAGUUUGUCCCACCCAACGAGACUCGUGCGGCGAUGUAUAUCCGCCCGUUGCUGCUGGGCAGUUCGGCGCAGCUAGGCCUUACGCCGCCGGACGAGUAUACCUUUGUAGUCUUCGUGAUGCCUACGGGCGUGUACCAUGGUGUGCAUGCAGUUGAGGCCCUGGUGCUCGAGGACUUUGAUAGAUCUGCCCCCGAGGGAACAGGUAGUGCAAAGCUCGGAGGGAAUUAUGCACCUGUGCUGCGCCAUUCGGACAAAGCUAGAGGUCAAGGGUACGGCAUCACGCUUCAUCUGGAUAGCAAGACGAGGUCUGAAAUCGACGAGUUUUCGACCUCGGCUUUUAUCGGGGUGAAAAAGCGUGAUGGACAGGUCACUCUUGUGUUUCCUGAUAGUCGAGAGAGACCUGUCAAGUAUGAUGAGCUGGGCUCGUUUGAUGAAGUCAUGGCUGCUGGAACGGCUGCGGCACUGGUGCCGAUCCGAAGUAUCACGAUGAAGUCCAAGGGUGACAAGUUUGAGUAUGAUGCCGGUGCUGCCGGUGAGGGAGGAGAGGUGUUUAAUGGGUUGAUUAAGACACUUCAGGGGAUUCAGCUGGGCGAGAUUGAGGACAAGUUUGGAUGGCUGGUCGAUGCUGAAAAGCUGGAGGAUGGAUGGACGGAGCAGUAG